AUGGGUAAAAAAAUAUUAAAAUCUCCUGUGACAAAAAUUUCGAUUUUAACCGUACCGAUUGACGUAGUUAAAAAUGUAACGUCUUAUAUAAAUUAUUGCAUAGUUUAUCGUCCGGCAUUCACCGUAUUCAUGUGCACGUUGUUUGUUUUCAUAACACUGAUAAUAUCAAAUCAAAAAUUACAAAAUUCAUUAACGAAUUUUCCAUACGAAAAAUAUUUUACAAAAUUUAAAAGUCGAAAAAUGAUAACGAUAUAUGCUACGAUACUCGAAAUUUUUAUCGAAAUAUUCAUGAACGUUGUUUUGGCUGGAGUGAGUUUGAUCGUAACGCUUUGGCUCCUUUUCGAAGAAGUCACAGAAAAAAAAGAAAAUAAAGAAACCAUGUAA